GCGGUAACACGUGUCGCGGCCGCCUUACCAAACUCCCGGGACAGAGCGCAUCGGAUGCGCGCGUGAUGUUUCAAAAGUGAUUAGUGCCUUCACGAAUCUGAUAUUCGUUAAUGGUUCUCGCGAUUACGAACCAAUUUUAAGGUAUCUUGUGUAUACAAAAGAAGGUAAUAGCGUGUGAAUUGUCAUAUAAAAAAAACUUGGAAUACCCCUUCAAUACUUACAACGUAAAAACAGUUAAAAACAAAGAAAAAACGUACUACCAACAAAAGAAUCAGUGUUAGAAGUGACAGUGACAGUGACAGUGACAGUGUCACGGAACGGAUGUGACAAAAAUGCAGAGACAGUUGAGCAAUGUCAGUUUUCAUUCUUACCAGGACUACGAACCUAGCAGGCGUUAUGGGCCGCAGUAUGAGCCUGGAGGCUACGCCACGGUAGUACAGCAACGUACCAACAUGACCCAGAGGGAGGACGCCCUCAAGUUCGAGCAGGGUCGCAUCAAGGCCCUGCAGGAGGAGAGAUUGCACAUCCAGAAGAAAACCUUCACGAAAUGGAUAAAUUCGUUCCUGCAGAAGGCCCGGAUGGAGGUGGAGGAUCUAUUUGUGGAUUUGGCUGACGGGCGGCGCCUCCUCAAACUCCUGGAGAUCAUCAGCGGGGAGCGUCUGCCGCGACCCAACACCGGCAGGAUGAGGGUCCACAAAAUCGAAAACGUCAACAAAAGCUUGAGUUUCUUACACACAAAGGUGCGUUUGGAGUCUAUCGGAGCUGAAGACAUCGUGGACGGAAACCCUCGACUCAUCCUCGGCUUGAUCUGGACCAUCAUCUUGCGUUUCCAAAUACAGGAGAUCGAAAUCGAUGUGGACGAAGAGAAUGAGUCUUCCGAGAAGAAAUCCGCCAAGGACGCCUUGCUAUUGUGGUGCCAACGCAAGACAAGUGGCUACCACGGAGUCCACAUCCACAAUUUCACUGACUCGUGGAGAUCCGGGCUGGGUUUCAACGCGCUCAUACAUGCUCACAGGCCCGACCUCUUCCGCUGGACCGAAGUGCCGGUCGCUGACCACGUGGAAACCCUCAACCACGCCUUCGACGUCGCCCACAAGCACCUCGGCAUCCCUAAACUCCUGGACGCUGAAGAUGUGGACACGACCAGGCCUGAUGAGAAGUCGGUGAUGACGUACGUGGCUAGUUACUAUCACACAUUUGCUCGUAUGAAGAAUGAACAGAAAAGUGGCAGGAGAAUUGCCAAUAUCAUCGGUCAAAUGAUGGAUUGUGAUGAGAGGAAGGGUGAAUACAGCCGGCUGGUCACCGCGCUCUUGGAGUGGAUCCGACUCAAGAUCGAAGAGUUGAAUGACAGGGAGCUGCCCAACUCUCUGGAUGGAAUUCAGCGUCUGCUACUUGGCUUCAAGCAGUACAGGACCGUCGAGAAACCUCCCAAAUACAAAGAGCGGUCGGAGAUCGAGGCGUUAUAUUUCCACAUCAACACGAUGCAGAAGAGUCUGGUAGGAGAACCCUGGGCGCCACUGGAGGGACAGCUUCCUCAAGACCUGGAGCGAGCCUGGCAAAGAUUAGAACAGGCCGAACACGCGAGAGAGAUAGCGCUCAGGACCGAACUGCUCAGACAACAGAGGCUCGAACAACUCAAUUACAAAUUCAAUACUAAGUCGGUCCUGCGUAAGGGCUACUUGAAGGAGAUGAUCCAGGUCCUGUCGGACCCUCGCUACGGCUCCAACCUGGCCCAGGUCGACGCCACUGUCAAGAAACACGAGGCCAUAUCUGCAGACAUCUUGGCAAGAACCGAACGUUUCGAGGACUUAUCAGCAAUGGCGGCAGAACUGGUCAGGGAGAAGUACCACGGCGCGGAAGCCGUCUCCAGGACCGAGCAAGCGGUCCUGCAACGCUGGAGGGAGCUCCUGGAAUUGCUGGAGAGGCAUAGAGUGUCUUUGGGCAAGCUGGCCAGACUUAUGGCAUUGCUGAGAGAAGCUGAUGCCGUGAAACAUACUCUGGUUGAGAUGAAGACCCAGUUCCAAUCGGAGGAAGUCGGCAGGCAUCUGUCUGACGUGGAGAGGCUGCUGCAGGCGCACGCUCUCCAGGAGUUGCAGCUGGGCGCCGCGGACGAGAGCCUCAAGCGGCUCGUGCGGCUGGCGGCCGGCGUGGACGGCCCGGCGCAACCCCAGGCGCAGCUGCAGAAGCAACUAGAGCAACUGCAGGAGGCUUACGACAGCCUGCUGGCGGCGGCCAAGGACCGAAAGGCGAGGUUGGAGGACGCUCGUAACCUGUACCAAUUCCUGGAGGACCACGAAGAAGAAGAAGGUUGGGUGACGGAGAAGCAGCGCAUAUGCCGCACUGACGUCGCCGCCAAGGACCUGAGAGGAGUGCUGGCUCUGAAGCAGAAACACACGGGGCUGAUGCACGAGCUGAGGGCCAGGGAGCACGUCUCCCAGCGACACAAGUCCAAGGGUCAGAGCCUCAUAGACGCCGGUCACCCGAAGAGCGCCGAGAUCGAGCGGCGCCUGACCUCGCUCAGCAAGCAGUGGGAGACGCUCAGGGACCUGGCUGCAGCACGAGAGAAACAACUGGCUGACGCUGCAGAGGCUCACCAGUUCUACGGGGACGCGAACGAGGCGGAGUCCUGGAUGAAGGAGAAGCGUCCGCUGGUGAGCACCGCGGACUGCGGGCAGGACGCCGCCGGCGCCGCCGCCCUGCUGGCCCGCCACCGCGCGCUGCACGACGCCAUCCGCGCGCACCACGCCGAGCUGCAGACCCUCGCCGCGCACGCAGCCCGCCUGCAGCAGGCCGGCAUACAGUGCCUCCAGUUACCAACGGAAGUGGAGUCCACUCAGGGCAUGGAAGACGAGGAGUGGGUGAACGAGUCCAGGCUGGUGCCGACCGAGGUGUGGGAGGAGGAGCCGGUCGAGAGACUCGAGCACAGGACCGUCACCGAGGAGAGACAAGUACCGCAGGUGAAAGCGCUGUACCCAUUCACGGGCCAAGGGAUAUCGAUGCAGAAGGGCGAGGUCAUGUUCCUGAUCAACAAGACGAACCCGGACUGGUGGUCGGUGCGGAAGGCGGACAGGACCGACGGCUUCGUGCCCGCCAACUACGUGCGGGAGAUCGAGCCCAGGGUCGUGCCGGUCCAAGUCCGCAGACCAGAGAAGGUGAGGACGGUUCAGCGCGUGAAGAAAACGGUGCUGGUGAAGCAGGUGGUGCCCGUGAAGAGGAACAAGCCGACCGCCAGGAGGGCGUCCAGGGUCCAGCAGAAGGUCGUCACCGUGGCAGCCAGGAUGGCGGACAUACAGAAGGACUACGACGAGUUGGUAGCGUUGUCGUCUGCGCGUCGUGAACAACUCGAGGAUGCCAUAAAGCUGUACAGCUUCUUCGCCGAGUGCGAUGACUUUGACAAGUGGAUGAAAGACAAGGAGAAGUUCCUCAAGUCUGACGACGGCGAGGAGAGCGUGGACACCGCCAAGAGGAAGUAUGAGAAAUUCGUGACCGAUCUGUCGGCGGCCUCCAAGCGCUUGGAGCACAUCGACGAGGCUGCCGAGGAGCUGGUCUCCGCCAGGCACGGGCAGGCCAGCAAGGCGGUCGCCAGGAAGCAGCAGCUGCGCCAGCAGUGGGAUAAACUACUGCGACUGAAACAACAGAAGGAGAAGAGCCUGGAGGGCGCGUCGAGCGUGGAGUUGUUCAGCCGCACCUGCGACGAGGCUCUGGAGUGGAUGGCGGAGAAGGAGCAGCAGCUAGCGGCCGGGCCGGGCGCCGCCAGCGACCUGCGCACCGUGCGCGCGCUGCAGCGGAGACACGCCCAGCUCGAGCGAGACCUGCAGCCGCUCCGGGACAAGGUCGCCACCGUCAGUCUGCUAGCCGACUCAGUGAAGUCCCAAUAUCCGAGCGAGAGGGCUAAUGUGGAAGCGAGACAGAGAGAGCUUCAGCGCGUCUGGGAGAGGUGUCGGCAGCAGGCUGAUGAGAGGAGGGACAGGCUGGAGAGCGCCGUGGGGCACCAGAUAUUCGGGAACAGUAGCGCCCAGCUACAAGGCUGGCUGCAGAAAACGAGAGAGCAGCUAGCGCAAGAGGCCACCGCCAAGGACGUCGCGACGGCCGAGGCUCUGCACGACCAACACAAGGAGCUGCUGGACGACAUCAAGACUCAUGACGACGAAUUCAAGGAGGUGAUCGCUCUCGGCAAACAGCUGCUGUCCAAGAACCCUGCGCUCACGGACGUGGCGGACAAGAUCAAGCAGUUGGAGCAGGACCAGAAGGCGGUCGCCAAAGAGUGGCAAGACAAGGACGCAUAUCUGAAGCAGCUGGUGCAGUUGCAGUGCUUCAACCGGGAGGCCGACCAGAUCGACGCGUCGUCCGGGGCCCACGAGGCUUACUUGGACUACACGCACUUCGGGUCGUCGGUGGAUGAGGCCGAGGCCCUGGUGAAGAGGCACGAGGAGCUGGAGGCGCGGCUGGCGGCGCAGGACGAGAGGCUGUCCGCCUUCGUGCAGCGGGCUGACGCGCUGCUGGAACUGCCACACUAUGCUGCGCAGCACAUCGUGUCCCGUCGCGACGCCGUGCUAUCCCGUCGUGACGCUGUGCGCCUGGCCGCCACCGAGCGACGCCGCGCGCUGCACGCCAGCCUGGCGUACCAGCAGUUCGUGGCGGCAGUUGAAGAAUUGCAAACUUGGAUCCAGGACAAAACGAAGACUGCCAAGGACCAGAGCUACAGAGAUUUGGCCAAUUUGGAGCGUAAACUUCAGAAACACGAAGCAUUUGAAAGGGAGUUACAAGCCAACGAGAAGCAACUCAGGAAUGUUGAGAGUAUCGGACAGUCUCUGCAGAAGUCGGAUCCAGCACGCGCCCAGGAGGUCAGCGCGCGGCUGGAGUCCCUGCGCGAGGCCUGGGAGGCGCUGGUGGCCGCCUCCAGGGACAAGGGGGGCAAGCUCCGCCAAGCAGCUCAACAGAGGCAACACCGCAGGUCUAUUGAAGACGCGAAGGCGAGACUGGUGGAGUUGGAGAGGGCGUUGAAAAGCGAAGAGAUCGGCACCGACUUGAGGAGUUGCAAGCGACUGCUCAACCAGCACCAGACUCUGGAGCAAGAAUUAAGUCAAUGGGAGCAAAAGGCGACGGUAUUGGCUGCUCAAGGUGCCGACUUAGUGUCGGCGGGGCACUUCGACGGGCCGGCCAUAGAGAGGGACAGCGCUGCCUUACUGCGGGCCGUGACGGCGCUCCAGCCGCCCGCCGAGGCCAGGAGGAAGGCGCUGAACCGAAGUCUCCUGCACCACAAGUUCGCUGCCGAGGUAGCCGGCGAGCUGGACUGGCUGUCGGAGCGCAAGGCGGCGGCGUCGUCGGAGGCGCUGCCCGCGGACCUGCACGCCGCCCAGACGGCGCAGAAGAAGCACGGGAAGCUGCGCGCCGAGCUCACCGGCCGGCGGCCCCUCAUCGCGCGCGUCAUCGAGCAGGGCCGCGGGCUGGUCGCAGAGGGACACCCUCAGAAAGAUAAGGUGCUGGACAGGAUCCGAAUUCUGGCUCUUUGUGAGGAGUUGGAGUCAGCGUAUACUGAAGUGUCGGCGGCGGCUGACGCCAGGGCCUCGCGUCUGGAGGCCGCGCUGAGGGCGCAGCAGUUCUUGCACGAGGCCCGCGAGGUGGACUCCUGGCUGGCUGACAAGGCGACAGCUUUAUCCACCGACGACGUUGGAGGAGACAGACAUCGGGCUACUCAACUUUUGACGAGGCAUAAGGCUGUCGAGUUGGAGUUGGACACGUACGCCGCGAUCAUAUCGGAGAUGGGCCACGUGGCGUCGUCGAUGCUGGGCUCGGGACACCCGGAGGGCGGCACGCUGGUGUCGCGCCACGCCGCGCUGGCCGACACCCUGGCCAGGCUGCAGCGUCUGGCGGCGCACCGGCAGCACGCGCUGGUCGAGAGCGUCUGCAGGCACGAAUACUUGGCUGAGAGCGAGGAGUUGGAGCACUGGAUCCAGGAGCAGUACGCCGCAGCCUCCAGCGAGGACUACGGCCAGGAUUACGAACACUUACUGAUCUUACGGUCUAAAUUCGAUGAGCUCCGUCACCGCGUCGAGAGUGGAGCGGAGCGGUUCAACCAGUGCGAGGAGCUGGCCAAGAAGCUGCUGGCGUCGGAGAGCCCUUACAUCGAGGACAUCGAGAAGAGACAGGAGGCGCUGGGAGAGUCGUGGCAGCGACUGGUGGAGCAGAUCCAGUCGCGAGGGUCUCGUCUCCACGCGGCGGGCGAGAUCCACCGCUUCCACCGCGACGUGGGCGAGCUGGUGUCGCGCGCGGCGGACAAGCGCGCGGCGCUGGGCGGCCGGCCCGCGCCCCGGGACCUGCGCGCCGCCACCGCGCUGCUCCGGGACCACGACACGCUGCGCAACGACCUGCUCGCUGUCGACGCGCAGAUGCAGGUCUUACAAGAGGAGGGCAGUCGUCUCCAAAAGCUGUACCCUGGGGGUAACGUGACGCAGAUCGCUCUACAGCAGAAAGCUCUGGCUGAAGCUUGGGAGAUGCUGAAGCAGGCCGCAGACGAACGCAAGCACGUCCUGCUGCAGCAUCUACAGCUGCACCAGUUCCUCACGCAGGUGCGCGACCUGACGUCGUGGUGCCGCAGCGUGGCGGCGUCGCUGGGCGGCGGCGUGCGCGUGCGCGACGCGGUGUCGGCGCAGAGCGCGCGCGCCGAGCACCACGCCCUGCGCGCCGAGCUGGACGCGCGCGACGACAGCUUCGCGGCCGCCCUGCAGCUCGGACACGACCUGCUCGCCGACAGGCACCCCAGCUCCGCCGAGAUCGAGGAGAAGUGCGGGGCUCUGAUGGAGGAGCGUGCGCGGCUGGAGCGCGCGUGGGCGGCGCGGCAGGUGGCGCUGGACCAGCUCAUAGACCUGCACUGCUUCCUGCGCGACGCCAAGCAGCUGCACGACCUCUGCGCCGCGCAGGAGGCCUCGCUCAGUACAGAGCUGUCCCCCACCAGCAGCGUCGAGGCCAUCGAGCACCAGCUGAAGAAGCACGAAGCCUUCGAGAAGCUGAUCGCGACCCAGGACGAAAAGCUGGCAACACUGAACAGCCAUGGCGACAAGCUGCUACAGCAGAACCACGUGGAAAGCCAGAGGAUCGCUGACGAGCUGCAACUGAUUAACGAGAGGAGACAAAAGCUGUACGAGGCGGCGGCGGCGCGGCGCGCGGCCCUGGGUCGCCUGCGGGCCCGCGCGCAGCUCGCCCGGGACGCGGCCGAGACUCGCAGCUGGGUCGCGGAGAAGCUCGCCAAGCUGACCGCCGACCAACAGCACGGCGAAGUCACGAACUUGGAGGAUAAGAUCAAGAAGCUGCAGAAGCACCAGGCCUUUACCGCCGAGCUGGCGGCCAACAAGGCGCGCCUGCAGGAGGUGGAGGCGCUGGCCCGGCAGCUCAGCCCCGACCCUGAGGUCGAGGAGCAGCUGGCCGAGCUGAGGAAUGACUGGNAAACUGGACUAAAAGUAAUAUUGAACCUACUCCUAACAGGCGAAGUCACGAACUUGGAGGAUAAGAUCAAGAAGCUGCAGAAGCACCAGGCCUUUACCGCCGAGCUGGCGGCCAACAAGGCGCGCCUGCAGGAGGUGGAGGCGCUGGCCCGGCAGCUCAGCCCCGACCCUGAGGUCGAGGAGCAGCUGGCCGAGCUGAGGAAUGACUGGGCGAAGCUCGAAGACGCGACCCGGGAGACUGGUCGUGGCUUGGAAGAAGCUCAAGACAUCUUGGAGUUCAACCAGCACUUGGACAAGUUCGAGGCUUGGAUCAGAGACAAGGAGAUGAUGGUGCAGGCGCACGAGCUGGGCCGCGACUACGAGCACUGCAGCGCGCUGCUCCGCAAGCUGGACGACGUGGACAGCGACAUGCGCGUGGACGACCGCCGCGUGCGCAGCGUGCGGGCGCUCGCCGACAAGCUGCUCAACCAGGGCCCCACCCAGCAGGCGGCUACGGUGGCGCAGCGCCGCGACGCCUUCCUGUCGAAGUGGGCGGCCCUCAGCGGAGCCCUACAGCGGUACCGGGACAACCUGGCCGCUGCUCUCGAGAUACAUUCGUUCAACAGAGACGUGGAAGACACGGCGGAGCGUAUCUCGAAGAAGGCGGCCAUCUUCAGCAGCACGGAGCGCGGGCGCGAGCUGGAGGCCGCCCACCUGCUGCGCCGCAGCCACCUGGCGCGCGCCGCCGAGGCCUCCGCCGUGCUCACCAGGAUCCAGGAGCUACAGGCGGACGGCACCGACCUCGCUACCAGACACCCAGAGCACGCUAAAGACAUAGAGGAGAGUCUCCGCAACUUGCGCGAGGGUUGGGACAACCUGCAGAAGUUGGCUGAGAGGAGAACCGCGCUGCUAGACGCGGCCAUCAACGAGCACAAAUUCGAUGAGAACUUAAAGGAAUUGGAAGUCUGGGUGUCGGAAGCCGUGAAGCAGAUGGACGAAGUCGAGGACCCGGAGACGAUGGCAGAAGCCCAGGCCCUGCUGGAGCUUCACGACGAGAAGAAGGCCGAAAUCGACAACCGCCAGAAAGCCAUAGCCUCGCUGAAGAAGGAGGCCGAGCAAACGCCGGAGAAGCUUAAGAAAGUUGAACACCUCUCCACCACCCUCGACCAAGCCUGGCUGAAGAGGAAGGAGAAUUUGACUCAGGCACACCAGUUGCAGCUACUGAAGGAGCAAGCGAGACAGAUCGAAGACUGGCUCUCGACUAAGGAGGCCUUCUUGAACAAUGACGACUUGGGAGAGAACUUGGACGCCGUCGAGACCCUCAUCCGUAAGCACGCUGAGUUCAGCAAGCUGCUGGAGAGCCAGAUCUGCCGCGUCGACGAACUGAGAAAGAGCGCUGAGGGCUUGAAGGACCAUCCUCUGAGGGUCAGGGUGGACGACGUCCUCCGCAGGGCCGACAGACUCAAGGAGUCGUGUAAGUCGCGCGGAGACGUGCUGCAGCAGUCCAGACAGCUGCACCAGUUCCUGCAGGAUCUGCAGCACGAGAGGGAGUGGAUCGCGCUCAAGAUGCAGAUCGCCAACGACCAAAAUUACAGAGAACUGUCCAACUUGCAGUCCAAGAUACAGAGGCACGCCGCCUUCGAGUCUGAGCUGGCGGCCAACAAGGGACGCAUCGACGACGUCGCCAACAGAGGGGAGGCGCUUAUUGAAGCCAAACAUUACGCUUCUCAAGAGAUAGCGAAACACGUCGAGGAGUUGGAGAACCAGUGGCAGGAAUUGCAGACCGCCGCUAAGCUGCGUCACGAUCGCCUGCAAGAAGCCUACCAGGCCAGGAUCUUCUUCCGAGGGUUAGACGACUUCACCACCUGGCUGGACGAGGUGGAGGCGCAGCUGCUCAGCGAGGACCACGGCAAGGACCUGGCGUCGGUGACGGUCCUGCUGAAGCGGCACUCCCGCCUCGAGCAGCAGGUGUCCAGCAAGGCCGACACGGCGACGCAAUUGGCCGACACCGCCCGCCAGCUCGCCGACACCAAGCACUUCAUGGCGCAGGAGAUACUGGACAGAGCCGACCAGGCCGUCAAACGCUACCGCCAGCUACAAGAGCCGAUACAGAUCAGAAGAGAUAAUCUAGAAGAUGCCGAGCUUCUCCACCGCUGGGAUAGAGACGCCGACGAGGAAUUCGCCUGGUUACAGGAACGGGAGCCCUUGGUGCACCAGGAGGACGCCGGCUCCUCGCUGCCGGAGGCGCAAGCUCUGCUGAAGAAGCACCUGUCUCUGGAAGCUGAGCUUAUCGCCAGAGAGCCCACGGUCAGCGCCGUGUGCGGGCGCGCGGCGCAGCUGUCCCGGCGAGGUCACUUCGCGUCGGGCGCCCUAGAGGCCCGGGCGCGCGAGUUGUCGGCGCUCAUGCGGUCCCUGCUGCACGGCGCCAGCGUGAGGACCGCGGCGCUGCAACGCCGGUGCGACGUGCUCAUGUUGGUGUCGGAGGUAGCGGAGGCGCGCGCGUGGCUGGCGGCGCGGCGGGGGGCGGUGGGGGGCGGGGCGGGGGCCGAGCCGCGGGACGAGGGGGAGGCUCGCGGCCUCACGCGCCGCCUGCACGCCGCGCUCGCAGACCUCACGCCCUUCGACCUCACGCUGGACAAGCUGUACAAGGCCUGCGCUGCUCUGCAGGAGCGCGGCGCGGGGGACGCGGACGAGGUCAAGCGCAGCAUCGACGAGCUGAAGGCGGAACACGAGGACAUGAAGCUGCUGGCGGCCAGGAGGCAGCAGCGCCUCGAGCAGAGCGUCAAGUACUUCAAGUUCGUGGAGGAGUGCGAGGAGGUCUCCGAAUGGAUCGGGGAGCAGAUGGCGGCGGCCGCCAGCGAGGACUACGGGCUGGACGUGGAGCACGUAGACACGCUGCAGCAAGCCUUCGCGAGCUUUUUAACUCAACUUAACGCGAACGAGGGUCGCAUCGAGUCCGUCUGCGAGGCCGGCAACGUGCUGCUGGAGGAGAACAACCCUGAGUCGGACAAGGUUAAGCAACGGGUCGACGACAUCAGGGGUCUGUGGGAGGACCUCAAGGAACUAGCGGUGGCGCGGCAGGAGGCGCUGGCCGGGGCGCGGCAGGUGCACGAGUUCGACCGCAGCGCGGACGAGACGGGCGCGUGGAUCGAGGAGAAGGAGCGCGCGCUCAGCGAGCUCAGCCCCAGCGCGCACGCGCAGCCCGCGCACGGACGCGCGCUGCACGCCCUGCGCGCCGACCUGCACGCCGUGCGCGACCAGCACCAACGUCUGCGGGACGAGGCCGCCAGACUGGGAGAAACGUUCCCCGACGCCCGCGAGCACCUGUCUUCGAAGCUGGAGGACGUGACGGAAGCCCUGGACGCCUUGGAGCGUCGCGCCGAGCACUGCGCGCAGCAGCAGGAGCUGGCCAGCCACCUGCAGGCCUACUUCGGCACCUACCAGGAGCUACUGGCGUGGUGCAGCGCCACGCUGGCCCGGGUGACGGCGCCCGAGCUGUCCCGGGACGUGCCCGGGGCGGAGCGCCUGGUCGCCAGGCAUGACGACAUCAAGUCGGAGAUCGACUCCAAGGACGAAGACUUCAACAAGUUCUACAGCGACGGCGAAAAGCUGGUCAGAGAAGGCCACUUCAUGUCAGCCGAGAUAGAGGAGAGGAUGUCCGCCCUCCGCAGCCGCCGCGCCGUGCUGGACUCGUGCUGGAGCUCGCGAAGCAGGAUCUACGCGCAACACCUGGACGCUCUGGUCUUCAAGCGCGAUGCCAUGACCCUGGACAACUGGAUCACGAAUAGAGUGCCGCUGGUGAGGGACGGGAAACUUGGUGAGAACGUGGCCCAAGUUGAGGAGUUGAUCACGCGCCACCGAGACCUGGAGGAGACCAUCGAGGCGCAGAGGGACAAGUUCAACGCCCUCAAGCGCAUCACCCUGAUCGAGCAAGCCUUCAAGGAGCAACAAGAAGCGGAGGCGGUGGCGCGUCGCCGGUCCGCCGAGAAGCAAGAGGCAGACCGGCUGCAGCAGUACAGGAGGAGGGAGAUGGAACGCAUCACCGAGGAGAGGAGGAGGGAAACUAUCAGUAGAGAGACGGAGCACGCGCCGACGCAGCGGCCGCCCUCCCCGGAGGAGGGCCUGUCCCCGGCGCCGCAGUUCGACAAGCUGCCCAAGAGCGACGCCGGCGUCAAGCGCGCAGAGAGCAUGAACGUUGUGAAGACGCCGAAGAGGACCCCCUCGUUCACGACCCGGCGUCGGACCCAGAGCUUCACCAGGCACCGGGGAGGGGACAUCGAUAAGCUACCGCCCGUGGAGAUCGAAGGCUACUUGGAGCGCAAGCAGCAGGCCGGGUGCGGCGGGAAGCGCGCCACGGUCCGGUCGUGGCGCGGCUACCACGCCGUGCUCUGCGGGCAGCUGCUCUGCUUCUUCAGGGACCAGAUGGACUUCGCAAGUACCAAGGCCGCGGCGCCGCCCGUCGCCAUACUCAAUGCGGAGUGCUCCGCGGCCCCGGACUACACCAAGCGCAGCCACGUGUUCCGGCUCCGCUGCGCCGACGGGGCCGAGUACCUGUUCUCGUGCGGCAGCCGCGCGCUGCUGCAGGACUGGGUCAACAAGAUCUCCUUCCACGCCAGGCUGCCCCCGGAGCUGCAGCUGACGCCCUACGCCGCGCCCGGGGACUCGCCCACCGCAGAGAUCCGAAGGCGGCUUCAGCAAAACGCCUCGUCGUCGUCCGAAGAGGAACUGUCUCCGGAACCCCAGCGCAAGUCCCGUUCUCAGGCGGAGAUCCUGCAGGAGCACAGGAGCAGCCAGCAGGCGGCCAGGAGUAGCGCCACACCAGAGCGGACCACCACCACCACGACCGAAAGACUCAUUGAGUCGACAGUGCUGCCGUCGCUGCCGCCCCGACAGCCGCCGCGCGAGGAGGAGGCCGCCGACGUCGUCCUCAGGAACGCGGAGCAGGCCGCCGGCGGGACCUGGGGCAGAUCCAGAUUCUCAAACGGACGAGACAUCAAUUCAGACUUCAUCAGGUCACAGAAAGACGCCGCGGACCUGCCUCCCUUACCGCCGAUGGGGCCCCCGGAACGACCCCCCAGCCUCCCGGAUCGACCUCCCGCAUUACCAGAACGAGCCCCAAACCUCCCCGAACGGAAUUCAAAUGCAAACGACAGAGGCGAGAGAUCUGUGACCGCUCUGGUGGAUAGCUACCAGCAGAGAAUGUCAGGGUCGUGGCAGGGAAAGGACGCUAACAGGAACACAACAUGGCAGCAAGAAAGACAGAACAAUAACUACACAAACGUGGAGACUUCGCACUUCUACUCAAGCGAGGCUGCAUACGGAGGUGGUGGAAGCGGCGCCAGGCCGGCGUCCGUGGCUGGUAGCGGAGGCUCUCCCGCCGUAGAGCGGCCCGCCUCGCGGUCGUCGGGCGAGUCGGAGCUGUCCGUGAGCAGUGUGACUAAAGACAAGAAAGAGAAGAAGGGAGUCUUCGGAGGCUUCUUCAGCAAGAAGAAGCGGCCGCAGAGUCACAUGUAGGAGGCGCAGAAGGCACCACUAACGCGACGACUCCGGUACCAUUCCUGGUUUGCAAGUUUCUUAAUGUCUUCGAUGGUGGACCGUCAUUCUGAUAAUGAGAGAUGGUUAGCUCAGCUGUGACAGACACAGCCACUUAGAGCUUCUAAUGAUUCUAAUUAAAAAUGCAUUAAAUUUGUUUUUUUUUUUUAAAUAUAAUAAAAAUAUUUUCUUAAUUCGUUCAAUGCCGGUCAAAAUUUGAAGCGGAACUCUAGACGCAUAUACUAUAUAGAUGUUCGUUAAUGGUAUAUAUUUAAUUUUUAAUGUUAUAGUUCUGAUGUUAAGUGAAUAUGAUGUUACAGUAUCGCCUUUGUAAACACCGCCCUGUCUUUUACCGCGAUAUUAAAUGACUUAAAUUUAAUUUAGACAUUGUUAUGGCUCACCGAAGACAGCUUCAAAAUCAAUUUGUGCUUAGGGCAACCCUAAAUAUUACACUUUUUAUGAUUUUUUUAAAUGUGGCAACACAGUAGCGAUAUGGCAAUACAAGUCGUUGAAGUUGCACAGAAAAUUCUGAUCGUACCUAUUUGCAAGAGUAUUUUAUUUUAGAUUUAGACAAUUAAAAAUCCUUCUAGGAAACUAGAAAAGUUCCGUUGACGCCCGAAGUAGUUUGAAACUACGUAAUUAGCAUUUGAGAAUCGGAAGAUGUCGGGGAUGUCUAGCUAUCUCUCUCCCGCACUGUGAGCAGCGCUAUUUGUCAAGAAUACCCAAUUUAAUUCUAAUCAAAUCGUUUCUAAAAGAGUAGUUUUAUUU